GGAUGUCGCCUCUUAAACAGGAGCGCCCAGAGGAAAACACCGACGAGAAGCAGUACUUGAAUCUUCUGCGCAGUAUCAUCAAUACUGGGGAGCGUCGAAUGGACCGCACUGAAGUCGGUACUCUGUCCAUCUUCGGUUCACAGAUGCGUUUUUCUUUGAGGGGCUGCUUUCCCCUGUUGACCACCAAGCGCGUCUUCUUCCGAGCAGUAGCCGAAGAGUUGUUGUGGUUUGUGGCCGGCAAGACAGAUGCGAAGCUUUUGCAGGCCAAGAACGUUCACAUCUGGGACGGAAAUAGCACCAGGGAGUUCCUAGACAAGCUGGGACACACGGACCGCGCCGUUGGUGACUUGGGCCCGGUAUACGGUUUCCAGUGGCGGCACUUUGGUGCUGAAUAUACUACCUGUGACGAUGACUACCGCGGCAAGGGCAUCGAUCAACUGAAGCAGGUUAUUGACACGAUCAAGAACAAUCCUUCAGAUCGACGUAUCAUCAUGUCAGCGUGGAAUCCGCUGGACAUUCCAAAGAUGGCAUUGCCGCCGUGCCACUGCUUGGCUCAGUUUUAUGUCUCUCAGGAGCGUGGCGAACUCUCCUGCCAGCUGUAUCAACGAAGCGCCGACAUGGGCUUGGGAGUGCCCUUCAACAUUGCCUCCUACGCCCUGUUGACCUAUAUGAUUGCUCAUGUCACUGGUCUGAAGCCUGGUGACUUUGUUCACACCAUGGGAGACACGCAUGUAUAUCUAAAUCACGUGGAGCCACUUCAGGAGCAACUCGAACGCGAGCCGCGUCCCUUCCCCAAGCUAGUUAUUAAGCGCCAGGUGCAGGACAUUGAAGAUUUUCGCUACGAGGACUUUGAAGUUGUGGACUAUAAUCCCUAUCCAAAGAUAAAGAUGGACAUGGCCAUCUAAGGAUUUCUUAUAUAUUGCUAGAAGAGGUACAUGACAUUCUCAAAUAAU